GUUUAAUACAAUUUACGACUGCAAUUGCUAAAAUUGUACAUUUCGCAUAUGAGGCGUACAGUGAGCUUAAUAAAAACAGGAGAAGAUGGUGGGUGCGUCCUGUGAAUUUAACCCGGGAGGAGGAAGGUUUUUUCAUGGUUUGCCUUCAACAGCUGAAAGGUAGAGAUGAAGAACACUUCUUCAAGGCGACGAGAAUGAGUGUUGCAAAUUUCGACUGCUUGCUAUCCAUUUUGAAGGAAAAGUUGCAGAAAUACUCCAAUAGAGAAGCGAUAGACCCAGAAACCCGGCUGGCCGUAACAAUAUUUUAUUUGGCACAAGGAUGCAACAUUCAUGUCCUGGCUUGGACAUUUAAAUUGGGUAUUUCAACGGUUCGUAAAAUAAUAUACGAAACUUGUGAUGCUAUUUGGAGCGAAUUGCAUGAAAUAUAUGUAUCGCCUCCAAACACAACGGAACUGAAAACUAUCGCGGAGAAGUUCUACAUAAAAACGGGUAUGCCUAAUUGCUUGGGAGCAAUUGACGGUAAACAUAUACAUAUAACCCGUCCUGCGAAUAGUGGCUCUUUGUACUAUAAUUACAAAAAGACAUUUAGCAUCGUGUUGAUGGCUGCAUGUGAUGCAAACUAUGUUUUUACGUAUGUGGAUGUCGGUGCUUUGGGAAGCCAAAGCGAUGGAGGCGUGUUUGCGCGAAGCAGCUUCGGGAAACAAAUUUUAGACGGAACUUUAAAUGUUCCUGGUGAUGCAUAUUUACCAGCCACGAUGAAUCUCUUUCCACAUUACUUCGUGGGAGACAGCGCAUUCCCACUUAGACCAAAUUUAAUGCGACCAUUUCCAGGGCAUAAUUUAACGCCAGACAAGGACAGGUUCAACACAAUGUUGUCUAAGGCUCGGGUUCAUAUUGAAAACGCUUUCGGUAUUUUAGCCAACCGGUGGAGAAUUCUGCAUACACGUAUUAGUGCUUCUCCUAGUAAUGCGGAUAAGAUUGUCUUGGCCAUAAUUGUACUUCAUAACUUUUUAAUGCUUCAAAAUGAUCGCAAUUACUUCCAACUAGAAUUAGUUGAUCGUACUUACAACAAUCGCGAGUACCAUGGUCGGUGGAGAAGCGAAACAAAUCCGUUGCAAUCUUUUCAACAAAGAUUUGUUAACCGGUCAUCUUCCAGCGCUUUUCAUUUGCGGAACACUCUUAAAGACUUUUUAAAUAAUAACUCAUCAUAAAUUAUACUUACGCAUUUACCUCAAUAAAUUUUCUGAAAAAUAAUUAAUAGUAUAAAACAACA